CCUCUUUUUGAAGUGCCUGCCUGCGUCGCGUCACGUCACGGCCACCCGCCGCCGCCGCUGCUGUGUGAGCCGCUGCCUGACCGGUUUGCGGUGGUCGUACCGUAGAUGUGACCCUCUGAAAAACAGCCCACUGUUAUGAUACACGAGAAAACCAGUAGGGAUCCGGUCGGCGCUGAGAGGUGUAAAUAUUCAGUGCCGUCAGCCGUGCUAGUUCAGAAAUGAAUGAAUAACGUCGGCGAGAGAGAGAGAGAGCAGCGGACAAGCAGACAGCGACAUAACGUCCAAUUUCGAAACAACAACAGCAACUGAAAGGCAGGCACCAUGAAUUACGUGGGACAGUUGGCAGGUCAGGUGCUGGUGACCAUGAAGGAGCUGUAUAAGGGCAUUAACCAGGCCACGCUCUCAGGCUGCAUCGAUGUAGUGGUGGUCCGCCAGAAGGACGGCACCUACCAGUGCUCUCCUUUCCAUGUGCGCUUCGGCAAACUGGGUGUGCUGCGCUCCAAAGAGAAAGUGAUUGACAUAGAGAUCAACGGGGAGCCUGUGGAUCUCCACAUGAAGCUGGGAGAUAAUGGAGAAGCCUUCUUUGUGCAGGAAACUGAGGAGCAGAACGAGAUUGUACCAGCUCACCUGGCUACCUCCCCCAUCCCCACUGAGAGUCACCUGUUUUGGAUCGGAGGUGAUCACAGGCCAAGUCAGAACCUGGAUGAUGAUCCACUAGACCCUGAGGACCCUCCUGAUCCCCCUGUUGCCAGCACAGGGGCAGCCAAGAAGAAGAAGAAACGGAGGAAGAAGCAUAAAGGCGAUCCACGGCGAGAGGAGCUGACCCCUCCUGCCGUCAUCAGCUCUACCCCUUCAACAGAAGACAUAUUUGAAAUGGACCUUAGUUCUGACGAGGACGCUGCUUCCAACACCAGAUCAUCUUCAAUCAGUAUAGUUCGAGAAAUUGAACCCAGGUUACCAACAGUUCGCCAUUCUUUAGACAACUACCCUUACUCUGACGGAGACUGGUCUCCAUCAAAUAGCAGUCAUGCCAUGUCAGAGGCCUUUUCUCCCAAGAGUGACUCCGAACUGGUCGUUCGGCCCUCAGAGAGCCUGCUCAAAAUGGAGUCGCACAUGCAGUGGACAUGGGGAGAGUUUCCAGAAUCUACUAGGGUUUCAAAGAAGGAGAAGAUGGAGCUGCCGAAGACCGUGACCAUAACGCCUUCAGAGAACACUCACUUCAGAGUCAUCCUCAGCUCAGAGGCCAUGGAGACGGAUGAAAGAGAACGGGCCAUAGGGACUCCCGGCUGUACCAUAGUCAAGCCUGAACCCCGAACCCCUGUGACCCCCAAAACUCCCACUGAUUCGGAGUUGGAGAUGGUACCUAGUGGAGUGUUGACAUCCACUCCUUCAUCCAGCCUCCCUGCUGCUCCCACUGCUCCAGCUGCUGCCUCUGCUACUCAUAUAGGUGGAGACAUGGGAGAUGUUGGCUCCAAGACUGACUCACCCUCCAAGAAGAAAGGCGUCCCAAAAAGAAGUCAGCACCAAGGCCCAGAGGACAUCUACCUGGAUGACCUGAAUGUUCUGGAGCCUGAUGUUGCUGCUCGCUACUUUCCUAAGAGUGAAUCAGACUCCGGCUCCAAGCACUGGAUGGAUUCUGGGAUGCGCUCAGGCUCUCAGUCCCCACAGUCUGUGGGCAGUGCUGCAGCUGACAGUGGCACCGAGUGUCUGUCUGACUCUGCCAGUGAUCUGCCUGACGUCACUCUGUCUCUGUGUGGAGGACUCGGUGAGAAUGGAGAGAUUUCAAAAGAAAAAUUCAUGGAGCACAUCAUCACGUACCAUGAAUUUGCAGAGAGUCCAGCUAUCAUAGACAAUCCGAAUUUAGUUGUUAAAAUAGGAAACAGGUAUUACAAUUGGACAUUGGCUGCCCCUUUGAUCUUAAGUUUGCAAGCAUUUCAGAAGAAUUUACCCAAGGCUACAGAGGAAGCUUGGGUGAAAGAGAGGAUGCCAAAGAAAUCAGGCCGCUGGUGGUUCUGGAGAAAGAGAGCAGACAGCACUAUUAAACAGUCAGAAAGCACUGGAAAGCUGGAAGUAAAGCAGUCCCAAAUGGAGGAUGGCAGCUCAUCUUUGUCAAUGGAAAGUCAUGCCCGCAAAGUGGACACCAGGGACUCGUCCAGCGAUGAGGAGGGGAAGGAGGUGAGUGCUGCCGCAUCGUCAAUGGAGCGCAAGGUCCAGUCUGAACCCCACGGCCACACGUCCACUCACUCCUACCGCAAGUCCCUGCGCCUCUCCUCCGACCAAAUUGCUAGUUUGAAACUGAAGGAAGGACCCAACGAUGUGAUGUUCAGCAUCACAACACAGUACCAGGGCACAUGCCGCUGUGAAGGCACCAUCUACCUUUGGAACUGGGAUGACAAAGUUAUCAUCUCAGACAUUGAUGGAACCAUCACCAAAUCAGAUGUGUUCGGGCAGAUUUUGCCUCAGUUUGGGAAGGACUGGACGCACCAGGGCAUUGCUAAACUCUACCACUCCGUGGCUGAGAAUGGAUAUAAAUUUCUGUACUGCUCAGCGAGGGCAAUUGGUAUGGCAGACAUGACACGAGGGUAUCUGCAGUGGGUGAACGAUGGAGGCAUUAUCCUGCCCCGUGGACCCCUCAUGCUCUCUCCUAGUAGUCUCUUCUCUGCAUUUCACAGGGAGGUGAUUGAGAAGAAGCCAGAAAUCUUCAAAAUUGAAUGCCUUACUGACAUCAAGAACCUUUUCCUGCUCAACAAACAUCCCUUUUAUGCUGCAUUUGGAAACCGAACAAACGACGUCUUUGCCUAUAAGGAGGUUGGAGUGCCACUCUGCAGAAUCUUUACUGUUAACCCCAAAGGAGAGCUCAUACAGGAGCAAACCAAGGGCAACAAGUCCUCGUACAGUAGAUUGAGCGAGCUGGUGGAUCACGUCUUUCCCUUGCUGAGUAAAGAACAAAGUUCGGCUUUCAAUUUCCCAGAGUUCAGCACCUUCUGUUUCUGGCGUCAGCCUAUCCCUGAGAUCCGUCCGGAAGACCUAAAUUUAUAGACCAUGCCUGAAGGCCCAUCUAUUACGCGGUCAUGGUCAUCCCUGCCAUUGGAACCAUUAAAUGGUACCCUGAAACAUCUCUAGUUAAAGACAAAUAAAGUGGGCACCCUAUUCCACCUGGGAAACAUGAACUGCACAAAAAAGAAAACACCCCAGCGUCACAUUAAUGGAGAUGUAGGUAGAACUUCCACAAACUAAAACACCUGGUGCUGCUCCGUAAUACUUCUAAUCUGUAUGAUUUUGAUUAGCUGCUAUGAGUUAGGCUGCUUCAGAUCUGAAGGAAUUAUUGCUAAUGUUUACAGUAUUAAUAAGACGAUCGGUGGCCUCUUGGCCAGUGGAAUGAGUGCGCAGCUGUUCAUUUGGGUAUGUGUAAGGUUAAAGGUGGCAUAAAAAUAUGCUUAUAAUUGAAAGUAAUUAACAAAGAUAUUCUUUACAACCACUAAUUUACAUUUUUAGAGCGUAGAUUAUUUAUAUACAAAGGCUUUAGUUAGAACUAACUAAUUAACAUGCACUGCCUCUAAGAUGUGGUGACGGUAUGACAGUUUGAAUAUGCAUUGCCAGAUGGUGCGAAAUGAGCUCUGAAUCUCAUAGAUACUGGAAAGUAUGCACAGAAUGAGCCGUGCCACGUGAGGACACAGCUCAUCAUUUACAGUUCAGCAGAUUUAGCGUGUUCAGCCUCGUACAGUCGAAUGGAUUCAGUUGAAAAGUACACAAAGGAGUUCAUUGUAAUUGGGCUUUCUUGUUAUUUCCCAACUGUUGACAUUUUCAUCGUCUGGUUGCUGCAGAACGCCUUACCGAUCGCACUUUUUCAGCUGCAACCAAGAGAGAAAAUAUCAGAUCGUCUUGCACUUAACUCACGACGGAAAUGCAAUAACGUUCAAAGCUUUUCAGCAGCCUUUUGUGCACAAAGCGAGGAUUUUGUGUGAACCUCAGCAAGAGAUCUGUAUUAAGUUAUGAAGAGUAGUAUAUAUUUGCUUUCAAAAUGAAGGUAUGUUAUACCUUGAAAUAGGCUGCUGCACGUCAGAGAGUAGUGGGAUCAAAUGGUCUUUAACAUUUUUUUUUUUUUUCCUUUAACCAGGCCUUUGCAUGCUUCAUUUGGAAUAUAAAUAGGACAGUUUAUGUUUUACAAAUGCAUUGACGCUUUCUGUUAGGGUGGACGGUCUGAAGGGUCGUCACGUUUUCACUAUUGGGCGAUUUUGAGCAGCAGAAACUGAGUUUUAUUAUUAGAAAAUAUUGAAGCUGAUGUGCAAGUGAAGGAUAAAAGUGAUCAGAUCUUUCCACUUGAUCACCGUUGAUUAACGUUCCCUUUUUUCCACUAGCUGGGCACUAAGGUCUUGGCCCCUACCUUUGGGCUUUGGUCAAGUUGCUUUAGAAUCUCAUAAGGGUAAGUUUUAGAGCACUGUGUGCUGGAUGUUAAAAUAGAUGUACAGAAUUAGAGCACAGUAAAAUUGUUUAUGUGUUUAUUUAAGUCAAAUCAUUGUUUAGGGAAAAAUCGGGGCAUUUCAUGGUUCAGUUGGAUUGUGAUUUAAUAUAUGUGUGUAUGUUGCGCUUCUUGUCUGCCGUUAUGAUGUUUGGAAGUGAAAUCUGUUAAUUGUUAACAAAGGAAUCCCAUUCUUUCUAUGAAAGUAAUACCUCUUGUGUGAGAUGAACACACUCAUCUAGUAUGAAACUAACAUUAAUGGUAAAAAGAGAGAGAAAAAAAUGUUAACAAAAAAGCCUCUAUUCUUUUUUUGUUGAAAAUGCUGUUAUAAGUGCUGAAUGUGUUUUGUCAUUCCUCUUGAUCUUUGAUGCCUUUUGUUUUACUUGCUUUUAUUUCUAGCUGUGAACUCGAGUGGGAUGGUGAGUUUCGUGGUUUAACUCUUUAGGUUCACAUUGCGUUUGACCAGCAUAAAUACCUUUAAAUGGAUAAUUGUAUUAUUAAUUUACAAAAACUAUGGUUUGGACGAUGUUUAUGAAUCUAUUAAAGAUGUAUUUAAUACA